UUCAACAUAUUCCCGGCGAUCUUCAGCCGCCAGCUCAACUUCUCCGCGGCGGCUGCUGCCAAUUGCGGCCAGAACAAGCUGAUGGACGAGCUCAGGCCGAAUCUGGGUUUGCUCGGCGUCGGCCUGGUCGAGAACGACAGCUUCCACUUGAAUCACAAUCAGGAGAAGAGAAAGUGCAGUAGCGCCAGCUCGAAUGAGCAGGACUUCGGCCUGUACGGGGUGCAUCAGGGUCUCGAGGCGAGCCCGCCGACGCCCGCCGCGACGCCCGGAAGAAGCAGCGUCGGGGCCACGACCACCGUCGGAGCCGAAGGCGCUUUUAAGAAGUUAAAGCCUGACCCCUGCGCCUCCAGUCCUCACAUUGGUCACACACCUACCACAGCUAGCUGUCCAACCCCCGCCCGACGGCGACACAGGACUACCUUCACUCAGGAGCAGCUGGCAGAAUUGGAAUCGGCGUUUGCAAAAUCCCAUUAUCCGGACAUAUACUGCAGGGAGGAAUUGGCGAGGACUACCAAAUUGAACGAGGCCAGAAUUCAGGUUUGGUUCCAGAACAGAAGAGCGAAAUACCGGAAGCAGGAGAAGCAGCUGCAGAAAGCUCUGACACCAAUUCCCGCCUGCCAAGGUGCCAUGAUGAGGAAUAUCUAUCCUGGUGCUAGCAGAGGUUAUCAACCCUACCCCCAUCCUCACAACAGCAUAAAUGGCAUAAAUCGUUAUCCCCAGAUGGGCACGACGUCUUACCCGAGCAUGACCCAGCCGUUCUCCAUGUCGCAUUCGGCGUCGAAUAUGUCGGCCGUCACCGGCAUGCGACAAGAUGCAAUGGGAAUGUCGGCGGAGGACGAGUGGUACAACAAGAGCAUCUCGGCUCUGAGAAUGAACACAGCCCACCACCCGAAUCUGGCCGCACCGAUGUUACAGUAUCAGACAUAA